UAUACCCAGGAGUGGAAUUACUGGAUCAUAUGGUAGUUUCUAUUUUUGACUUUUUGAGGAACCUCCAUAGUGUCUUCCAUAGUAGCUGCACCAGUUUGCAUUCCCGCCAACAGAGUACGAGGGUCCCCUUUUCUCCACAUCCUCACCAACGUUUGUUAUUUGUGUUCUUUUUGAUGGUAGCCAUUCUGACAGAAUUCUGGCAAGUUGGUGACCCAAUAGAUAAUCACAAGGAAAGCCAAGACAAACCUCUGUGGCAGGCUGCAUCUGUUGAUAAGGAAACACUGAAGGAUGGAAGUGGCCAAGAAUUCAGAACAUACAGAAAAAUCAUUUAUCCAAGCACAAACUUUGUUUCUAUAAGACAAAGACUCCCUAAAUAUGAUUCAUGGGGAAAGUGUUCAAAACAUAAUUUAAAUUUUCUUAGUCAAAGUAGAAGAUAUGUAAGAAAGAAAUAUGAUGAAUGUAAGGCAUAUUGGAAAUUAUGCUUCCAUUCUAAUCUUGAUAAAGCUCAACCUGGAGAGAAAUUCUUUGAGCCUAGUGAACAUGGAAAAGCCCUCUACCAUAAGCAAGCCCUUAAUAAAAGUCCAAGAAUUCACACCGGGGAGAAAUUCUAUAAAUGUUCUGAAUGUGGAAAAGUGUUUAAGCAGAAAGCAAACCUUGUUGUACAUCAGAGAACUCACACCGGAGAGAAACCUUAUGAAUGCUGUGAAUGUGCAAAAACCUUCAGCCAGAAGUCAACCCUCAUUGCACACCAGAGAACUCAUACAGGGGAGAAGCCGUAUGAAUGCAGUGAAUGUGGGAAAACAUUUAUCCAGAAGUCAGCUCUGAUUAAACAUCAGCAAACUCAUACAGGAGAGAAACCAUUUGUAUGUGGUGAAUGUGCAAAAGCUUUUAAGAGUUCAUAUCACCUUAUUAGACAUGAAAAAACACACAUUAGACAAGCAUUUUAUGAAGCUAUCAAAUGUGGUAAGUCCAGCCUUACACAUCAAAGGACUCAUACAGGUGAGAAACCUGAGUGCAAUAAACAUGGGAAAGCCUUUGAUGAGACGCCCACCCCCAUUAAACAUCAAGGAACUCAUACAAAAGAGAAACCUUAUGAGUGCAGUAAAUGCGGAAAAGGCUUCAGGGGAAAGUCACACCUUUCUGUUCAUCAGAGAGUUCAUACAGGAGAGAAACCCUAUGAAUGCAGCAUAUGUGGGAAGACUUUCAGUGGAAAAUCACACCUCUCUGUCCAUCAUAGAACUCAUACAGGAGAGAAACCUUAUGAAUGCAGAAGAUGUGGGAAAGCAUUUGGUGAGAAGUCAACCCUUAUUGUACAUCAGAGAACUCAUACAGGAGAAAAACCCUAUAAAUGCAACGAAUGUGGGAAAGCCUUCAGUGAAAAGUCACCACUGACUAAACAUCAGAGAAUUCAUACAGGAGAGAGGCCCUAUGAAUGCAGUGACUGUAGGAAAGCAUUCAGUAGGAAGUCAACUCUCAUUAAACAUCAGAGAAUUCAUACAGGAGAAAAACCCUAUGAAUGUAGUGAAUGUGGCAAAGCCUUCAGUGUGAAAUCAACUCUCAUUGUACAUCACAGAACUCAUACAGGAGAAAAACCUUAUGAAUGCAGAGAAUGUGGCAAAGCCUUCAGUGGGAAGUCAACUCUCAUUAAACAUCAGGAAAGUCAUACAGGAGAGAAAACCUAUUAAUAUACUUUAGUGUGAGAUAAUUUCACUAGUUACACCUCAUUAUAUUAUAUAUCAAUUCAUCCUGGUGAGUAACCUUAUAAAUAUCAAAAAAUGUCAAAAACUCUUCAUAUAUUAUUUAAUGUUCACUUAAUAAAAGGCACAAAAGUAUAAUUCCAGAAGCAUAUAAUAAAUGUGAUCAAUUUUUCACCCAGAAUUCUUACACAAGUGGAGAACUGUAUACCAGAGAAUUCAAAAGUGGCAAAACUGUGAAUAUACUGAUGUGGAAAAGACUUUAGAAAGAAUUUAAAUGUCCUUGCCUAUCAGAGUAUUUAUGCUGAGGAAAAACAAAGAAUUUAAUGAGUUUAGAAAACUGUGUUAGAAAUUAUGAGAGAAAUAUGUUCCAUAGUCUAUACCACACAUUUUGUGUGAAAGGUGCAGAGGUUGCAAACAAGCACUCAAUCAUUAAGAUAUGUUCACUGUGGAGUAGAGGAUGACAUUUUUGAAAGAAAAAUAUAAAGCAAAAAUUGUUAAUCCUAGCUAGGGCAAACUCCCAGUUUACUUCUUAAACAAAAUAGAAAAAUUGCUUCCUUAAGUGGUGUGACGGAGGAUGAGUCAUAAUGAUCCCUGAAACAAAGGAGCUCAAACAGGAGAUCUUACACAUAUUCAUCAACACUUUCAGUGCAGAAAUGCAAACCCCUUACAGAAAAGGCAUAUAUUAAGCUUUGACACACCUCACUUAGGAACAGUGCUUACAACUUAAUAUUUAAGGGUAAUCAUUUUAUGGUUACAUUUAUGCCUCAUUUUAUUAGUCAAUAAAAGGUCUUUAAUUUUCAGCUUAUCUCCCUUAACACAAUACUAUUUAAAAUAGAAAAAAAUAAAUUGAAUAUCCAAUAGUCAAUUGAUUAAAUACUGACAUAUCAAUAAGAUAGAAUAGUAUGCACUAAUUAAAAAUUUUCUCAUGUUUGAGGAUUUGGGGAAAUGUUCAUGGUAAUUGGCUAAGUGAAAAAACAUAAAACAAUGUACCACAUAAUUUACAUUAUAAAAAAAUAGAUCAACGAUAGAUAAUGCACCAUUAUAUCAGUGAUUCUGGAUGGCAGAAAAGUAGCAGUUUUAUGCUGAGUAAAAUUAUUUGCACAUAUAUAUGUAUACAAAUAUAUUUGUUUUAUAUUUGUAUCUGUUUUAGGUGUGUGUGUAUAGGUAGACACAGAACAAAAUGCUCGGAAGGAAAUACAACAAAUUAUUAAGCAGAUUAUCCAGAUUAUCACUUGGGUGGUAGGAUUAUUGAUUUUUUAAUUUUUUAAAUGUUGUCUGCAGAAACUACCAAUAAAAUGAUCUUGUGCAUACUUGAUUCUGUCUUCCAAUCCAUUUUCCCAUUCAGCUUUGUCUUUAAUAUGUGACACCAUUCUCUUCUUAAAAUGACCCCAUUUUCACAUGUCUCUAUAUUCCCUAUUCCUUUUCCAUGUGGUUGUCUGAGUGUAUGGUUUUGAGUAUGUGUUUUGCAUCUUAAAAAUGGGUAUCCUGUGAUUGUAAUAUCUGUAUGUGAUUUUUUUGGAUAAAAAUAAGUUAUCUCCAUAGUUCUUUACUCUGUAACCACUGAAUACUGUUACAUAAAUUAUCAGCUAACAAACUUUACAGGCGAGGAGAGAGGUAGUAAAUGGUCCAACUGCUAAGUAUAUGAAUUCCAAUUAUACACUAGGAGACUGAGGAAAUCACCACUGGGUGGGUCUGCAUGUGCAGUGGGCCACUGUGAAUCAGGUUUAAGCCAGGACUCAGUGUAACACCUGUACCCAGUAAGCCCCCACUCUUAACAGGAGGGCCAUGGUGAUGCUUUGCAUGUCUGGGUAUUAAUGUCAACUCAGAAAGCUGUGUCCAAUAGUCCUAAAAAAAUUCCCUUUUCCCCAGUGACUAGAGUCACCCAGAUAAAUGGCCAUAGGUUCCUUUGGGAAGAGACUAAGGUAAGUAUUUUAUGUUUGCUACAAUGUUGUAGGGUUCUUCCUAUGAGGGACAUGGGCACCUCUCUAGACAAUUGGUUCCAGAUCUAAAAUUUGGCUCAGGUCUGGGAACUCAGCAAGGGACCCUCACUUUUUAAUGAAGCAUUUGCCCUCAGACGCCUCUCUUUGAAUCUUGCCUUUUUUUUUUCUUUCUUUUUUUUCGCCAUACCACCUGGCUUGCAGGGUCUUAGUUCUCCAACCAGGGAUCCAACUCGAGCCCCCUGCAAUGGAAAUGCGGAGUCCAGUGGUUAGUCCCUGGUUAGGCCAGGGAAUUCCCAAAUCUUGCCUUUUUCUGAUUGUAAUAUUAAACAGCAAUUCUGUUGGCGCCCAUCAAUCUUACUCCUAGGGAUGCCAGGCUCAUCAUAGACUCAUUACAGCCAAGGAAAGAAUUAAUGAGCUUGAGAGAAAGU